UUCCAUUUCCGUGGUAGAACUCUUAACCAACCAGUCAAAUUCAUUUUCAUCUCACGUUCUUUAUCUCCAACAACAGAAGGAACUUAUCAAACAACCAACAUUAAAUUCAACUCUUUCUCUCUCCUUAUUCAUUUCCCUUCUAACUUAUUAACUUCUUCUUCAGUUCCUUCAGUUAUCUAAAUGACAACAACAUUCUGAUGAUUGAGUUUUUCCCCACCAGGUGGACUGCAAUGGCCUUUGAUAGCUGUGGGUUGUUGGAGUUAAGACCUCUGGUUCACUUGUUGUUCCCACUUUGCGUUCAUUGGAUUGCUGAGGAGAUGACCGUUUCUGUUCUUGUUGAUGUUAUUACUAAUGCUUUGUGUCCCGGGGAGUCCACUUGUUCUGAGGCUAUUUACAUUAGUGGUCUUCAACAAACGAGAAAAUUUUCUUGAAAUUUCGCUGGUUUCUGCAUCUUUUGCUUUCACAAUUAUUGAGUUGAUCAUGAUAGCUGCUUACUUUUCUUAGAGUUUAGGCUCAACUCCUUGCUUACAAGUCAGGCCGUGACUCUGCGCUCUUUCUUUCUAUGGGGGACGAUGCCAGGGCUACAAGGGGAUGUGUCAAGGUGUCGAAAAACAACACAACACAACAACAUUUUUUCUUUUCCCUCCAUGAGAUGAGCCCAAUGCAUUGGGACAUUUGGAUAAGAGAACUGAGCUGGCCCGGGAAGUGCUUGGGUGGUCUACGUAUGAUGUAGACCCCAUUAGAUAAUAUUGAUUUUUUUAUGUUGUAUCAAUAACAGAUAGUUUUCUCAUCAAUAGAUAGAAAGUGGGGAUUCCCAAGUUUACUGAGUUUAACGAUUGGAGGGGUUUUCAUUUCUUCCGAUACAAGUCAUUCCUGCAUUGACAAUGAACCUGGUCUUUAAUCUUGAAUUUGCUGUUGCAUUAAAACAUUAGGCCUUAUGUUGAUUCUGAUUGUAUUUGUGGUAUACUCUUUAGUUAGUAUACUGGUGGUGUCAUAAAACAAGUAGUUGAUAAUAGGCUAUUAUGGUAGAUGUUCAUGACACUGAAUAAGUACGGUUGUUGGAAUUUUCAAAAUGGUGUCAAUACCACUUAUAGGUCAGCUUGCAGAUGAGUAUGGCCGUAAACCACUGCUCCUUCUUACUGUCUCCUCCAUUAUAAUUCCUUUCUCUUUACUUGUUUUUAAUCAGUCCAGAGAUUUUGUUUAUGCAUAUUAUGCACUUCGAACAAUAUCAAAUAUUAUAAGCCAAGGGAGCCUCUUCUGCGUCGCUGUUGCUUAUGCGGCAGAUUUUGUGAGUGACAGCAAAAGAGCUGCAGCAUUUAGCUGGAUUACAGGCCUGCUUUCCGCAUCGCAUGUCUUAGGAAAUUUAUUGGCUUUUCUCCUUCCCGACAACUGCAUUUUCCCGGUGUCAACCGCUCUCUUGAUCUUUUGUCCUGUUUACAUGCAUUUCUUUCUGGUUGAGACAGUUGAAUCAGCUCCCAGGAGAGACCAAGAAUCAACUUUCUUGCACAAGGUAGUUAUGGUCCUCGAAGAAAGAUACAAAUCAAUGCGAAAUGCUGCAUUUAUAGUUAUUAGCAGUCCAACACUCAAAGGAAUUUCUUUUGUUUCCUUUUUUUAUGAGUUGGGAAUGUCCGGCAUCAGCAGUGUCUUAUUUUAUUAUUUGAAGGCAGUUUUUGGUUUUAGCAAGCAUCAAUAUUCAGAAAUCCUAAUGAUAGUCGGAGUAGGUGCUAUUGCAUCGCAGAUUGUGGUGCUACCUCUUCUCAAUCCGUUGGUCGGAGAAAAGGUGAUACUAUGCAUAGCCUUGCUUGCGUCAAUAGCUUAUGCAUUGUUCUAUGGCUUGGCUUGGGCAUCUUGGGUACCAUACCUAAGUGCCUCGUUUGGUGUCAUUUAUGUCCUUGUGAAACCUUCUACUUAUGCCAUCAUUUCAAAGGCUUCAAGUUUAAACAAUCAGGGAAAGUCACAAGGAUUUAUUGCUGGCAUAGAAGCAAUAGCAAGUUUUUUAUCACCACUUGCAAUGAGUCCCUUGACUUCAUGGUUCCUUUCAAGCAAUGCCCCUUUCAACUGCAAAGGUUUCAGCAUUGUCGUCGCAUCUAUAUGCAUGAUGAUUGCAUUGGUCUUUGCUUGCAUGCUCAAAACAGAAAAUCAUUUAACCGGAGACAAAGAGGAAGAAGAUAUUGAGACACCAAUUUUAAGUUGAAGCUACUUACAGUUAUAUCCAAUUCAAGUAGUUUGCUGAAAGAUACUGUUCUGAGGCAAUUAUCUCAUUGUUUUGAGUACACAAAUUUCCUUGGAAAUUUCUUCCGAAUUAUUGCUUUAAAACUACAUCAGUUGCCUGUUGAAUGUCAACUUAAGACUAUUGAAUCUCAUCCAAGAAGAUAACUAAUCCAUAAUGUAGGGCUGGAAACACGCCGAGCCAAGCCCUAUUUCUACUUAGCUUGGGUUCGUGUGUACUUGCUUGGAUUCACUCGGUUAUAAGGCUCACUUCAAGAGAAUUCCAUGACGUCUAUAUAUUUUUCAUACAUCAGUGGGAAGGAGUUUUAGGUUAAUCUUGUACAGGUCUGAAUAGGCUCUAUAUUUGAGAACUAGGUGGCACAAUUGGCUUUUAUUUCAGGUAUAUCAUUUUAAAUUUACUACA